GCAUUACCUUUUAUAUUGUUUUGUGGACAGGACUAAAUGCAAAUGAGCUAUGCUGUGAACGUGCUUUGAAAUUUACACGUUCAUCAGCAAGUACGCAUGUGUACGAACUAAUUCAGCAGUACCAAAACUUGUGAAAAUCUGUCUGGGAUUAUUUUGGGUUUAGUUUGACCUAUAUGCACACACCAUUUUACUAAAUGAUUGAGAAAUGAGGCCUAUUAUGUGAUACUUUGAGGAGGAAAUUGUCCACAAUUUCCACCAUUUGCUAGUUAGCAUGACAUGUAUACUUUUAUGAGAAUCCAACUGCAUUUGAAGCAAUUCAGCAAGUAUGUUACUGAAUGCGAAAACGUCUGUGAUGAAGCAGUAAAGGUGUAAAUUUGCUUCAAGCCUUAUUUUAAGUGCCAUAUCUUGGCGCAUGUGUAAAACCAUGGUACUCUCAUGACUUGCUGUGUGUGAACAUGUUCUUUUUCAAACUUGAGCUGGUUUCCCAACAGAUCUGGAGGAAGAGAACUCUGUUUCUGAAGUAUCGCUCCAGGGUACGCCACGGUAAAGAGGGCUGAAUUGAGUUUGGCUGGUGGUUGACUAGAAUGCUGAAUGCUUUAUUUGACUUGCUUGUGUGCUUGUUUGCCUGAUAGCACGCUGUGUUAUUAUUACUGACUAUUAUUAGAUAAAAAUGUUAAUAUAACUACACUGAUACAGCAUGAGUCAGAACAGUCAUAUUCAUUGAACUCCAGAAGUGUUUUUGUUUUAUUUUAUUUAAGCUUUUGAUUCAGUUUCAGCUUUAAACUGACAGUGAUGUUUGUAGAUUAAAUUGUAGAUAGGCAGCUUUAAUUUUUACACUAAUUUCAAACAAACCAUUUAGAAAUGUCACUCAUUUAUUUAUUUAUUUAUUUGUUUGUUUGUUUGUUUGUUUGUUUGGGACCAGAUCAGUUUUGCCAAUACAGGACACCCACAUGACAAAUGAGUGUUAGUCCACUACUGACCCACAUUUAUUACUUUCAUCUGGACAGCAAUGUUGUUGAAUGCAACAAAAUAAGUUGUAACUUAUUCUAAAACUAAAACUAUUCUAAAGCUUAAAUUUUAUAUGUGUAUUUUCAAGUGUGUAAGAUCCUUCAGUAGGCUUAGUGAGUAUUUAAACACAGUAUAUAAUAACUUAUCAAAGAUAAAUAAAGACAAAUAAAUGAACUCUGUCCCAGACAUCAGAAGAUUUCCAAGCAAGGCUGUGAUGAAACUCCCAAACAGGGAUUUAUCACCACUUUAACACAACUUUAAGGCUUAGUGUCCGAAUCCUUCAUAUUACAACACACUCUUAGUCUGUAUUUCAAAACCUCUGAUAAAUGGUGCACCAUAACACUACUGGAGGCUGUUCGUGGCCACUAUAUACCAAACAGAGGCUCUAAUCAAAGUAGAAAUUAAAUUAGAUGAAAGCUUACAUUCAAUCGGUGAUUUCCUGUGAACUGUGUGCUACGGCUGUGCUCUGUGAGUUCUAGCUCUGUUGUGAUGAAUCAUUGUGUUGGAAAAUAUAACUGGCACACAAGUUCCUUUAAUUAUGGAAUAGUCAUUCCCUGUUAUUUUUUCACACAUUUAGGUAGAGGAACUAAGGGGAUAUAAUGAGCGGCAGACAUGUGUGCACGCACCCACAGACACACACACACACACACACACACACACACACACAUGCACAGAAUAUAAAUCUGAAUUGCAUACACAUCCAGAAUUCAGUACAUUAAGCAUUUACUUUGCCAAUCAGGAAGAAAAACCACACCUCAGUCCUCUCAUCUGAAUUAAGGAGAUCCUCCCUUCUCCUGAUGAUAAGCUCUCUGCAAACAUGAAACAACAUCAGCAAGCGUGUUUUAUAUACGAGUCUCUCAUCAUGCCUUAUUGCAUAAUUAUUACAUGUCCGUUAUUUGAAGGAGUUCUCCUGUGUGGCACAGGGUGGGGCAUGUGGACAUAAAUGCAGUUCUGUAAACUCCAUAUGGUGCCACAAACCUCCAUGUAGUAUUAUAGCUUAGCUUAUGGCAGACUGCCUUUUUUUAAAAAGAAUUAUGGAAAUAGUUCAAAGGCUGUAGUUGCUCAGCUUUGGCCAAUGAUCCAUGUGUGCGUUUUACCAAAUGUAGACUUUUCCUGUGGUGAUAUAGAAUUAAGGGUGGUUGCCUUUAAAGAGUCCUCUGACAAGUAGUGAACUACAGUGUAUAAUCAGGUGAAAGGAGCGUACUCGGGGAUACUAGGGAAGACGAGCACACUUGUUGCUUACUCUUCUAACAAGGGUGGAGAGCUAAUGUACAUAAGCAUUAGUUACACAAAUGGUGUGUGUGUGUGUGUGUGUGUGUGUGAGAGAGAGAGAGAGAGAGAGAGAGAGAGAGAUGUUUAGGAGGGCUUAGGUUACUUCUCACUAACCACAAAAAAAUUGAAAAGGUAAAGUAUAAAAUGUUCAUUGCUGUGUGAUUUGUUUAAUCAUGGGGUCAACCACAUCACCUUUGCUAUGUUGACUUGAGUGCAAAACAUUAUAUUCAAAUAAAUUUCCAGACAAAUUUCCAUGAAUGAUGCAACUAGUCAUUUUGCUUUUGCUUUGUAUAGAUGAUGCAUUUCAUAAAUGAUGAUUUUGAACAAAAUGUGAACAGAGGUUGUUUUAUUAUGCAAAAUAUACACAGCCAUUCCAAUGCCCCCUUUGCUUAUUCCUUCUUAGGCACAAAAUAUAGUCAAAUUUUUGCAUUAAGUAUUACCUCAAGAAGCAUAUGGUGCUGUUCAGAGAUGGAUGACAUCACCUUUUGACGCUUGGCUCCUUUCAAGGGUUUUCCCAUACAGUGUCAAAGUUUCCUUUACUCUUAGGUCAAUUAUUUCAAAAAAGAAGAAGAAGGAUUUAUUUAAUUGAAUGGAAAUUAUUUCAGUGUGUCUAUAGUAAUGGUUAGUUAUUAUGGGCAGCAGAGAAGGCUGUAUCCCACUUCUCUGCCCCCUGUUGGUAUACUUUCCUAAAAUCACAUAAUCAGGGCUGUGGCCGCUGUGCUUUGCCUGCAUGCUGACGUCAUGAUGACCAGCCCCCCUCUUGACUCUGCUGUGGAUGACUGGGCAAGUGUGAGCUCGCUCUCCUCACACAUGCUAAACAAGUGGACAGGAAUGUAGCAGACAUUGUCCGGGUAUACUCUGUGGGGGUGUCAGGAGUUGGUACUUUUACUAUAAGACUAGAGAAGUCAGUUUGGCAGUGCUCAACUAAUGCAGCGUCUUGUGGAAGAGAACGUCAUGGAGGAGGUUGAUAAAAAUCAUCAGAGUAAAGACUCUGUGUACUUCAGAGAUGGGGUCCGGAGGAUAGAUUUUGUUCUGUCAUAUGUCGAUGAGAAUGAAGGAGAAAGAAAACAGGAAAGAAGGAAGCAGUAUGAAGCUAACAUGCAGAAGGCAGGGCUAGAGCUGGAGCUUGAAGACAAAUCGGAAUCUGAGGAUGGGAAGACUUAUUUCCUAAAGAUCCAUGUGCCGUGGGCGGUAUUGGCCACCUACGCUGAAGUUCUAAAGAUUAAAGUGCCUUUCAAAGUCAAUGACAUCCCUGAAAACCGUGAGAUUCCUGCCUCCUGGCUCUUCACACCAUUCCGCCUGCCUGAUUCAGUCAUGCACCCUGAGCCGGACUACUUCACCGCCCACUUUGACAACAGCAAGAUUGAUUUCUUCCUCAUCGAAAAUAAAGAUACACUCUUCCCUAACUCCACACGCAACAGGAUAGUGUAUUACAUCCUCUCCCGUUGCCCUUACAAUAAAGAAGACAAACUCAACAAGGACAAGAGAGGCAUUAAGCGGCUGCUUAACAACGGAACCUACACUUCAGCCUUCCCUCUGCAUGAUUGCAGAUACUGGACAAGGUCUCGAGAUCCUAACUGUGACAAUGAGAGGUAUAGCCUCUACCAAUCCUGGGCUCGGUUCCGCCGCUUCUACAAGGAGCAGCCACUCAAUCUUAUCCGGAGAUACUAUGGGGAGAAGAUUGGGAUCUACUUUGCUUGGCUGGGCUUCUACACUGAAAUGCUGUUCUAUGCUGCUCUGGUUGGACUUAUCUGCUUCAUCUAUGGACUGGCGACCUAUGAUGAAGUUGUCUGGACAAAAGAAAUCUGUGAUGAAAACAUUGGUGGAGAGAUAAUCAUGUGCCCUCUCUGUGAUAAGAAAUGUGGGUAUUGGAAACUUAACAGUACCUGCAACUCCACCUGGCAAUCACAUCUCUUUGACAACACAGCGACAGUGUUCUUCGCUAUAUUUAUGGGGAUAUGGGUGACACUGUUCCUGGAGUUUUGGAAGCGGCGACAAGCCAGGCUGAAGUAUGAGUGGGAUCUGGUGGACUUUGAGGAGGAGCAGCAACGGUUACAGCUUAGGCCUGAGUAUGAGACCAAAUGCACCAGUCGGCGUCCUAACCCUGUCACACAGGAGAUGGAGCCUUACUUACCCGUAACAAGCAAAUGUGCACGUUCCUGCCUGUCCGGAGCCACCGUCUUGUUCUGGAUCUCUCUAAUCAUAGCAAGCAUAAUCGGGGUGAUAGCAUAUCGGCUGGCUGUGUUUGCUGCUCUGGCUAGCAUUAUGAAGGACAGCCCUACCAAUAAGCUGGAACUGGUGGGCUCACUUAUCACCCCACAGCUGGCCACUUCUGUCACAGCCUCGUGCAUCAACUUCAUAAUUAUCAUGAUACUUAACUUCCUGUAUGAGCGUGUGGCCAUAUGGAUUACAGACAUGGAAAUCCCAAAAACACAUCUAGAGUAUGAAAACAAACUGACCGUGAAGAUGUUCCUCUUCCAGUUUGUUAACUACUAUUCCUCUUGCUUCUACGUGGCCUUCUUUAAAGGAAAGUUUGUGGGCUACCCUGGAAAAUACACAUACAUGUUCAAUGAGUGGAGCGGACUGAGGAAUGAAGAGUGUGACCCUGGUGGUUGUUUGAUUGAGCUGACGACUCAGCUUGUGAUAGUGAUGGCUGGUAAACAAGUGUGGGGGAACAUCCAGGAGGCCUUAGUUCCCUGGCUGCAGAACUGGUGGAGCAGCAGAAGUGCUCGCAGCCACCCGGAGAGUCUGUACAGCCGCUGGGAGCAGGAUUAUGAUCUGCAGAACUUCAGUCAGUUUGGCCUUUUCUAUGAGUACCUGGAAAUGGUGAUCCAGUUUGGUUUUAUCACAUUGUUUGUGGCGUCCUUUCCAUUGGCUCCUCUCUUGGCGCUGAUGAAUAAUAUUCUUGAGGUGCGAGUGGAUGCAUGGAAGUUAACCACUCAGUUCCGCAGACCUGUAGCAGCUAAAGCACACAGCAUUGGUGCCUGGGAUGAGAUCCUGAACAUGAUUGCCGUCUUCUCCGUAGUAACCAAUGCAUUCAUUGUGGCAUUUACCUCUGAUAUGAUUCCUCGGCUGGUGUAUCUAUAUGCGUAUCACCCAGAUGCUGGGCUAACUAUGGAUGGCUACAUCAACAGUAGCCUAUCCAUCUUCAACAUCUCGCAGAUCCCACCUUCAAACAGACCUGACGAUGGUGAAAAUCCGGCCUGGUUCAACAGCUCUGUGAUUACCACCUGCAGGUACCGGGAUUACCGCUAUCCCCCAGGCCAUCCAAAUGAAUACAAAGUCACCAUGCAGUUCUGGCAUAUCCUGGCAGCCAAAAUGGCUUUUAUUAUUAUUAUGGAGCAUGUUGUGUUUGUGGUGAAGUUCUUUGUGGCAUGGUUGAUCCCAGAUGUGCCGUCUGAUGUGAAGGCCCGCAUAAAGCGGGAACGCUACCUGGUCCAGGAGUACCUGCACAACUAUGAGGUGGAGAAGCUGAAAGUGCAGCUGAGUCAGAACGGAAGUGGAGGCCAGUGUAUCUGUCCCGAAAUAACUUCAACUGUGAAACACGAGGUGCUGUCUGAAUGCCUGACCUAGGCUGGGCCACAUCCCACUUUCCCUCACAACAAGCUCAUUCAAACCUUAUUAGCCACUUACCUCACCCUUGGCCACAAACUCUUCUAGCUCUGACAGCUAAUUAGGAUCAGCUCCAUUCUGCCCAUAUUCAUUUGAUCAUCAAGAUCCUAUAUCAGGUCCUAAAUUAGCUCUCCUUACUGAGACUGUGGUAGUUUUUAAUCUGUGACCUGUGGAGCUGGCCAUGCAUUUCUUACAUCAUGUGCUGUUGCCUUUUUCUGUCCAAGUUCAUUUUUACUUUAUUUAGAAGCCUCACAUUUGGUUUUUGUUUUGCAACUCACCUUGUACAUCCCGUUUCAACUUGUUUGAGAGAUUUCUAAUUAAAUUCAGAUACAGGACUGUAAAAUCUCUUGUGAAUCCAAAGACAAAACACCUUAUUAACACAUCUAUCUUAGUGUGUAUUGCUCUUCCUUCAAGAAAAACAUUUCAUUGUAUCAAUAGACAAGCCUUUAAAAUCUUGCCUUCUUAUACGAUACAUCUAAGGAACUCAGUGGUCUAUGGAGAUGGAGAUUUUGAGAGAAAAUAUUGUUUAUAUUUAUUCCAUAUUCAGCCUGUUUAACUGUCUCUGUAUGUUUUAUAUUUUGUUAUUUUGCCUUUGAUAUCACAGAAGAACUCUGUAGAUUCAAUUAACUAUAUAUUAAAGCACUAAACGUCACAUGGUGUUUUCACCAUCAUGCUGUUAUGCAAAUCAAAUUAAUAUGCAACUUCACAAGACUGUCAAGAAAAUGUAGUGCUCCUAUACCGAUAACUGUCGAUGCACCAUACUUUUUCAAAGAUAGCUUAGCUGCUAAUAGUUGAUGGCAAACGGCAUAUCCUAUAAACCAAAUCCUGAAUCAAUUCCAGCCAAAGCCCGCUAUUCAAAAUGGAAGUGUUAGUAUAAUGAAGAGUAAGCAACAUUUAAUGCAUGACUGAAAGGGUAGACCGGCCAUGCUAAUGGCUUUUAAUGUGCCUUUAUUUAUCUACACAGUUAUUCCUGUGAAGGUAAAUCCAGCUGUAGUCAUGGGGACACUGUGACGGUCUUUGUUUUAUUCCAUUUUUUUUGUUAUUGUUGUUUUAUGGGUGAGGAAAUUGUGAGGAUUUUUUGCACAUAGCACUUACUGAAGAAGGAAUUUGAGUUUGACAGUGUGAUUAUUGUAUUUACACACUACAGUAUCAGUGUUGUUCUAAUCAAGAUGAUAUGUGGAAGAGAUGAGGCCAUGUGAAUCACUGUAAAUGCUUUGACAACCACAACCUGUCUUUUAUUUUCAGAUGUCUUUAAAGCAUUAUAGCACAAUAAAAAUAAAAACAUUUGUGCUAAACGUUAAGAUAUUUUUAUUAUGUUUUGGAAAAAAGAGGCCUAGAAUUACCAAAGGCAGAUAAUGAUUUGCCAGUACACUUCCUUUUGCAAAUACAUAUACAGACACAAAUAAUCAAGUGUCAUGUUCUAAUUUUGCUGUUUUUGAGUUCUUGACUUGAUUUCUGAAGAUGUAACUAUUUAUAUGGUGGUCUGCAUUUUAAUUUUAUUCUUAGCUCUUUCAGUUUGCAUUUGAUUGUCGUUGAAUUAUGACUGUUAAUUCGUUUAAAGAGCUGUCUGUGUUGGAGGUACAUACAGUUUAUCUAAGAACACAGAAUACUAGAAGCCAUAGACACUAGAUUUUCUGUGUGGCAAAACAUAAAGAAGCCAUGCUUUUGUAUCACUAAACAAGCUUUGCCUGUUAAUUGUCUGAUUUAAUGAAUACUGUUGAUCACAGAGUUCAAAUUCUAUCCUUUGUGUUAUUUGAUCAACUAAUACCUUUUCUUGACUGACAGCUUGUGAUUAUUGCAUGGCAUCACAUGUUGCAUCAUGUACUGCAUAGACUAUAUAAUGCUGGUUCAGAAGCUGUAAUCUGAUUGUUAUUGGUUCUGCAUAACUGAAUGAAUAUCAUUUUAAAUAAAACACAAAUUACAUUUUUAAAUACU